GAAAUGGUGACUUUUCCCUCCGGCCGCCAGCCGGGGAGCCCGGUGAUGUCAGCGUGGCGGCGUUCCGGCGCCCGUCCCCGGCGCCGUGAGGGCCGCAGUUCCCUGCCCUUGCGCGGCGAGCGGCACCUCUGGGCGGUCCGGCCCCCGCCGCAAGGCAGGGCGCUGCGGCGUGCCGCCCUCCAGCGCCUCGCGGCCGCCGCCAGAAACUACCCUUCGGGGCUGAGGGGAGCGCGCCGUAACGUAACACCUCGUGGCCUGCCGUUUCUCUCCAGAUGUCUGUGCUGGCGAGUGAUGCACACACACAUGAAAUCAGAGAGACUCAGAAGUCUGGUGACACCAGUAUUGUAUUACAGCGAUACCAUCGGUUCCCCUGAAGAAACUCUUAAUGUGCUGGGCACCCUGUGUUCAUGCAAUAUCCAACAGAGCCCCAGUGGAUUUUCCCAUGGCAUGCUGUGUAGAGCGGAUCCUGUCCAUACGGAGAAACUCUCCCUUUUGAUCAUCCAAGGCUUAUUCUUGGUGCACAACAUAUGACUAAUGAAUUGCAUACAGAUAAGCGUCUUGCUUCACUUACAUGGCAGUGACAGGGCUGCUGUAAUUCAAAAUUCAUCUUGAAUCCUAGGCUCUACGGUCAACAGCAUAAUUGGCAUCGAAAUUGACAACGAAAUGCAAGGCUGGAGAGUCUCCAAUAUAUAAUGUCUGCAAACACCAGACAUUUAUCACAGAAAAGAAAUGAUUGAAUCAGUAAAAAUAAGAAGACAGUGCAUGCUAGAUUUCUACUCGCAUUAUGAACAUCUUUGUGCUCUUCAAGGCUCUGUCCCACUAAAAGCUGUGAAGGCUAACCUGACUCAGGGUGCUCUUGACCUAAAUGUAGAUCGCAUCAAAGCUGCUGAUUGGACACCACUUCUGAAUGCUAUCAGGGAUAAUAAGACUCUGACUUCUAUUGGAAUAAGAAGUUUUCAUCAACAGGGUCUUGGAGAAUCAGGUGUUGAAAGGUAUAAAACUUACUUUAGAAGGAGAAUCCCAGCGGUUCGAUCAAAAGACUUGACUGGCCAACUAUGCAGAGCUGUCAAAGGCUGUCUCAGUAUUUCAGAUGUACUAAAAAACUUAGAACUGCAGGGUUUGCUUCUGAGGGAGAGAGAUCUAAUACUUUUAACAAAGGGCUUGGCCACAGCUUCAUCUCUGGAGAGCGUCUCUUUAGCCCACUGUCCAAUUGGAGAUGGGGGAUUAGAAACAAUCUGUCAGAGUGUAAAGAACUCAGCUACUAUCAGAUAUGUAAACUUCACGGGAUGUAGCCUCACAUGGCGAGGGGCAGAACAUAUAGCAAAUGUAUUAAAGCACCAGGCAAUGAAAAGACAUGGUGAAGCCUGGGCUGAAAGCCUGCGUUACAGGAGACCUGACCUAGACUAUAUGGCUGGCUUGAGGCGGAUUACUUUCAACUGCAACAUGCUUGUUGGAGAUAGAGGAGCAAGUGCCUUCGCAGAGUGCCUAGGAGAGGACCUUUGGCUAAAAGCACUUGAUUUGCAGCAGUGUGGAAUAUCCAAUGAAGGAGCAAGGUCAUUAAUAGAUGCUCUUCAGACUAAUACAACAUUAGUGGUACUUGAUGUCAGAAAAAAUCCAUUAAUUGAUCACUUUAUGAUGAAAAACAUUAUUGAAAGACUUCUUAUGAAUGGAAAUAGUGUUAAUUCGGAGUAUAAGUGGCUGACAUCUCCAUCUUCCAAGGAUGCUUUGAAAACUAGACCAAGGAAAAGAACUAUUGUCCUAGGAAGUGGUCGAAAAGGAAAAGCUACUAUUCGUGUUGGAUUAACAUCUAAAAAGUCUGUAAGUCCUGGGAGAAAAAAUGUACCUGUGAAAGAUAGUUACUCACCAAAACCACUACCGCCCGGCACAAAAGGCUUCCUUCCUUGGCGGACUGCAGAACGUGCAAAGAGAUGCAGAGGGGGGGCAGUGGAUAGUACUGAAGAACUACCAGUGAAGAUUCAGACAGGUAUUCCUGUGAAGGUGACAGUAGAAAGCGCUUCUACAUCGGAAACUGAAGACACAGAAGAUUUAGAUGAUGUUAUCCAUCAUGCUGAUUUGGCAAAAUCAUUAGAUAAGAUUAAUGUAACCGAGUAUCAACAGUUACAGUUGGAGCUGGAAGAAUGCAUAGAGAAAUUAAAGGAAGAACAAAGAGCCAGAGUAAAGGCUGAGGAACGGAUAAUGGAGCUGGAAAUUGAAAAUGCAAGAUUAAGAAAUCUAAAUACCUCCCUAUCUGAGGUUCUUCAUGCACAGUCAGAAACCAACAAGAUUUUGGAAGAUGAAGGUGUUCUAGGCAGCAUUGAGAACUCUUUCCAAAAGUUUCAUGCUUUUUUAGACCUCCUUAAAGAUGCUGGACUUGGACAGCUUGCUGUAUUAGCUGGGGUGGACCAGUCAGAUUUUGGUCUUUUGGGGAAUCCACAAAUGUAUUCCACUCUCAGUAAGCCUGCUAACAUAAUAAAGGAGAAGUCUUUUGAAGAAGAAAGACAAGAACAUACCCAGAAUAGCAAAAACAGAGCUGGGGACAUCCAAGUUUCUCUUCCUGGCACAUUUCAAUCCCAGAUGGUUAUGAAUAAUGCCUUCUCUGCUCUUAGAGAGUUACAGGAACUUCAAACUGCUGGACAUCAGCCAGGCUCACGGAAGGAAAAUGAAGCUCACACAAUUAACCAAACUAAAGAGGAUAAGCCUCGAAAUAGUACUCCCACAUUCUCUGAGAGGAGAGUCAAACAAAAUGAACAUGUGAAAGGACAUCACUCAGCGAGGCAAUUGGUUGCCAGUCUGCAUUCAUUUUCUGAUUCCAGUGUACAUAUUAAAAGUAAUGGUAGCAGAACAUCCAGUGGUGCUUUUGGUGAAAAAAGCAGAAGUUUUUCCUCAAAGAAAUGCAUCCCUAGAGCAAAUGAAAUGGCCAUUCCCAGUGAUGGAGCAAGAGGAGACCAAAGUAGACUGCAGACAGUAAACCAGUCUGGAACUGAUACUGUAGGAUCUGGCUCUGAAAGUAUCCAAAGUAUUACCAGCAUUUGAAAUGGAUCCAAAGUGUUUGAACUGUUCUUUAUACUUGCAAGAUUAAAAAUAAAUUUUAGAUGCCUCAGUGUAGUUUGUGCCUUUUUUGUAAAGUAAUGUAGACUUUGUAAACUUCUAAAACACUGCAUGCUGUUUUGUAUUCCUGUUUCAUGCUUGCAUCACUUGUCACUAGAUUUUUAUUUUUGGAAAUAUGAUGCACUGGUAGAAUGGUACCCUUCAGUUUGUACUACAUACAAAGGAUUCCUGGCAUAUGGAUUUUAUUGUGUAUCACAGAUCUUGUUAUGGAGUGUAAACUGUUUUGAGCUAAUAAAAUUGAGUACAAAUUUUGCUUUUCAUUUA